AUGGAUCCACUAGGGUACAGUUCUAGUCAUCUUCAUCCGAAUUCUUCAUCUGCCCCAGCAGCUUCCCACUCCCCGUCUCCAACACCUUCGAUACACCUCUCUCCAGCCGAGUUGCGUCAGGUUCCCACUGUUGGUGGUAGCUCUAAUACCACCGAAGAUGCCAGUAAUGGCUCUCAGCAGUAUCAGCAGUAUUUAAGCGGUACCUCGACUUGGGGAGGGCAGGAUGUUGGAAAUACAGGCGGCGAUGAUGGCAGCCACCAAGGGGGCGCGGCGACUACAGCAUCAAAGAAACAGGCUCAGCAACAGACUGCGACGAUGAAAAUCCGUCGCCGGAAUCGAAUGAUAACGUCCUGUCUGGAAUGUCGAAGACGAAAGCUCAAAUGUGACAGACUUCACCCAUGCACCAACUGCUCAAAGUUCAAGCGUCACUGCCUCUUCCUAUCUCCUACUACCGAUGCUCUAUCACGCAUGAAACUGAUGGAGUUAAAGGAAAAGAUGGGAUCUCUAGAACUUGUCCUUGAGCAAGAUGUUGCUGCCAGACAAACAGGCCAGACGGGCCACGAUGAUCCGUCCAGUAGCAUGAAUGCUAACACUCCCGCCCCUGUAUCUGGCUUUGUGUCCGGAGUGGUAGAAUAUACCAGGAAUGAUCGAAAGCCUGAAGGAUCAUUCGACUUGGAUACCUUGGAGAUCCUCGACAACUUGGAGCAUGAUAGGGGAGAUCCUGUCCCAGAUGAUGAAAAGUAUCUACGACCUACGCCUUUAGCCGUGAUGGAUGCAGCAUAUGAUGAUGAUGCCGAUGAUGAUACAUUUGACAUAGGCUUUAAACUUGGGAAAAUGAGGAUGACAGAUCGACUAGGGGGUUUCUUUAGGCCUAGGAUUGCAGAUGAAAUUUCCGUUGUACUCAAGGAACCAAAAGUUAGCAAUGGGGUAACAGAUACAUCCUUAAAUACCCCAGUUAAAGUCCCAGAAAUGAAGCCACCACGGCUCAGAGAUCUAAUGCCAGAAGGCCAGGAAUCUUGUUUCCAUCCUGGACCUACAUAUAUAGCACCUCAUUCCGACUUCUUUUUUGGUGGUGGCCGAAGGACAUCGCUUGCAGAUUUCUUACCAACCAGAAACGCAUCGGAUAGGCUGUUAGAGCAGUAUUGGGUAUCUGUCGAUCCAGUCGCUAAAAUACUUCACCGGCCAACUUUUGAGAGGCAAUAUUGGGAGUUCUGGUCUGAUGUUUCCAAAAGCCUGGAGCCUGCCUAUUCCCUUCAAGCCGUGGUAUUCGCAGUGCUCUUUACUGCUGUUGCUAGUAUGCAAGAGCACCUGGUACUAAGUACAUUCGGAGUGUCCCAAAAGAAGCUCAUCGAAAAUUUUCAGCUAGGAACAGAGAUGGCUCUUGGAAAAGCUCAUUUUCUCAAGACCACCAAGACACAGACUCUUCAAGCUCUUGUCAUGUAUAUGAUUCCAAUGUGCAGGAAUGAAGUAUCGCGAACUCAUUCUGCCCUUGUUGGAACUGCCAUUCGGCUGGCUGAAUGUAUGGGUAUCCACCGUGAUCCCGAAGAAUAUGGUCAUGGCCCUGUUGAAACUCAUAUUCGGCGAAUGAUCUGGUAUCAACUAUGCUUCCUGGACCUUCGGACAAGCGAGUCACAAGGACCCCGUCAAACAAUAAGACGAGAAGAUUACUCUACUAAAUUCCCACUGAAUGUGAACGAUGCAGAUUUUUUGCAGCAUCGCGGCAGUCGCCUAACGGAUAUGCCCAAAUUUACAGACAUGACUUUUACUCGCAUUCGCUUUGAAUGCCACGAAUUACAUCGACUAGUAUAUGUUGAUAGAAUGAAAUUAGAGACCAACAGCAUCUCGCUAACAAGGGUAUUGGGGAAGAUUGAAGCAUUCAGACGGGCUACAUAUGCCAAAUAUGGACCGUUGAUUUAUGUUUCGAAUCCCAAGCCUAUUCAGCGAGCUGCACAGUUGGUAUUGUCUAUACUCAUCUGCCGCAGUUACACAGCUGUUCUACACCGGUACCAUAACAGUGUUUCGGUGAGAAUUCCAGACCGGUUGCGACAGAUAAUUAUCACGGCCUGUACACAAAUCCUCGAAGAUGCCAUAGAACUCGAAACCGCUCCGGAUUUACAGCCUUGGGCCUGGUACAGUGGUGCUUUCAAUCAAUAUCACGUUGCUUUUCUGAUCCUGAUGGAAGUAUGGGCGUACCCCAUGCGAAAAGAAGCGGAUCGGAUUUGGAGGUGUUUGGAUUAUGUGUUUGAAACGCCCUCGACUCCCGCUAUCCCAGACACUGCAGGCAAAAACGCCCGUCAUCAGCUCAUAAUGCAGCGUGAUAGAAAGGCUCGAUUGAUUUUAGAACAGCUCAGAGACAGGAUGGAGGCAUACCGCGAGAUGAGAAAGCUGAGAGUGCCCAUAAGCAUGGCUGACACUAAGGUCCUACGAAUAACCCCAGAAGUGGGAACAUCUCGGGAACCAAGCCCGCCACAGACUACAGAACAGAACUCUGCCGGUGGUUCCUUGCAAUGGGGGCCUCAGUAUACGUCCCAACCGUUUGAGGAAAGCCAAACGAUACCUGCACCUUCUAGUCAGUCUGUACACCCCUCUCGGGUAUCACCCCCUCGGAUGUUUAGCCAUGAGCAGUAUCAACUUCAAUCGCAGCAAGGCCGCCGGUUGUCACCGGCCUCUCUAAUGCAACAAUAUCAACAUGGUCAACCAAGCUAUCAAAGGUUACAGUCACAGCCGCAACAUUCUUCGGCCCUUCCACCCACCUCAUCCUCGUACUCGGCUAGCCCGGCCUAUAAUCCAACCUUCCAGCAUCAAGGCUACACACCUGAUUACUCAACCCGCAUGCCCAGUAGAGAGAGUCUGGACUCAGGUACUGGAUCUGAGGACUCUGGGAUGGGACAUCUAUGGUUUGCCUCUGGGUUUGACAAUACCAACACCGGCGCGGGUCUUGCGCCGCCGUUACACUCUGCACCACAGCGACCCUCAGCCAUAACGGCCAAACUGAACAAUACAGAAGAGGAUCUCCCUAUGCUUGAUAUCGACUGGAAUGAAUGGGAUAAAUUAUUCCCGCCAGACAUCAAUAAUGGAGAGCUGAAUCUACCACCCUUAUCGCCGAUGGUUGGUCCCACAGACACCACAGCCUCGCUAGACAAUAUAUCGUCGCUUGCUGAGACGACAAACUCAAACUAUUCCACAUACCCUUAUUCGAGCUCUUGA